UUCCUGAGUAAUACUUUACUUCUGUUUCUUUUUGUUGGUGAUGUUGUAGCAAAAACACACACAGGAAUAUGGAAAGAUCUUCAAGUCUCACUUUGGUCCCCAGUUUGUUGUGUCCAUUGCAGAUCGAGAUAUGGUUGCUCAAGUCCUCCGAGCAGAAGGUAGAGCACCACAAAGAGCUAACAUGGAAUCCUGGCAGGAAUACAGAGACUUACGGGGCAGAGCCACAGGACUUAUAUCUGCGGAGGGGGAACAAUGGCUAAAGAUGAGAAGUGUAUUGAGGCAAAAAAUUCUGAAACCCAAAGAUGUGGCUGUUUACUCUGAAGGAGUCAAUGAAGUUAUCACAGACUUAAUCAAAAGAAUCCACACCCUCAGAAGUCAGGAGGAUGAUGGGGAAACGGUGACCAAUGUUAACAACCUUUUCUUCAAGUAUUCGAUGGAAGGUGUGGCAACUAUUCUGUACGAAUGCCGGUUGGGCUGCCUGGAAAACAACGUCCCACAGCAGACUGUUGAAUAUAUUGAGGCUCUGGAGUUGAUGUUUAGUAUGUUUAAGACCACUAUGUAUGCAGGUGCUAUUCCCAAAUGGCUUCGUCCACUUAUUCCAAAACCCUGGAGAGAGUUCUGCAGAUCCUGGGAUGGACUCUUCAAAUUUAGUCAAAUCCACGUUGACAACAAAUUGAAGGCUAUUCAGUCUCAGCUGGACCAAGGAGAAGUGAAUGGUGGGCUACUUACGUACCUCCUAGUGAGUAAGGAACUUACUUUGGAAGAGAUCUAUGCCAAUAUGACUGAAAUGCUUCUGGCAGGAGUGGACACAACUUCUUUUACGUUGUCCUGGGCAACAUACUUGUUGGCAAAGCACCCUGAGGUUCAACAACGUGUUUAUGAGGAAAUAGUCAAUAAGCUGGGGAAAGACCAAGUUCCUGUUGCUCGUGAUGUCCCAAAAUUGCCUUUGAUUAGAGCUGUGCUGAAAGAAACAUUGAGGUUAUAUCCAGUAUUGCCAGGAAAUGGAAGAGUGACCCAAAAAGACUUGGUUGUUGGAGGAUACUUAAUACCUAAAGGGACGCAGCUGGCACUCUGUCAUUAUACUACUUCAUACAGCGAAGAAAAUUUCUCCAUGGCAAAUGAAUUCCGACCUGAGCGCUGGCUGAGGAAAGAUAAUUUGGACAGAGUAGACAAUUUUGGUUCCAUCCCCUUUGGUUAUGGCAUUCGAAGUUGUAUAGGAAAAAGAAUCGCAGAGCUGGAAAUUCAUCUUGCACUGAUUCAGUUGCUUCAGAAUUUUGAGAUCAAAAUUUCUCCCAAGACUGAUCCAGUUCAUGCCAAAACCCAUGGACUUUUGACUCCUGGAAACUCCAUCAAUGUGAGAUUUUCUGACAGAAAGUGA